AAGGCACUUAAGGACUACUGCGGACUAGGGUGACCUUUCACGCCUAUUUAGCUGCAGGACGCACGCAUCACGCUAGCGAACAACGCUAAUAGACGCUAACUCUACACCUGCAUGGCACCAACGCACGAUCCUACACCUAGCCACUAGCAAGUGUACCAGUCCCAGUACUGUAGCCAAACCGUCCAGCCAUCAGCCUCCUACCUCGUACCUUCAUGCAUGUACGGACGGGAAGCCAGCAUCCACACCGAGUCUGCAUCGUUAUUGCUUGCUUGCUUGCUUGUCUGCCUGCCCGCUUUCUUUCCUGCUUGCUUUGCUCUAUCCAUUGGCGAACCGAUCCCUUUCUUGGACCGACUUCCUAUCAUCGCCAUCCUCCCUCCUCCUUGAAACUCCAACCAGUUCCAAUAGAAUGUUCCAUGCAGGUCCACCACUGGUGCCGGAUUUGCUUCCGAAUCGAGACAAGACUUGGGGGUGGAGCCCGCAUCGCAUCCCGCCCUGUAGCCGUCCUAGGUGAAUUAUUGUCUGACUUCUGUAUACGGCCGCCGGCCUGUCCCCUCCCAUUCCUCUAUCGAACCUUCAAAUACGAUUGCAAGAGUGGGGAAUACUUGCGACCCAUUUCCACUUCCAAUGGAUGAGGGGAAGAGCUAUGGUAAUGACGAGCGAUAAGCGGUGUGGAGACCGUCAUCGUUUACGGUCU